AUGGCUCGCAUAGCAUACAUUCUCAGCGUGCUAGCCAGUCUCCUUCCCAUCGCCCUGGCAGCAAGCUCUGGCUGUGGGACUACACUAGCGCCCAAUCUCCGGCCCGGUACAUCAACCCACAAUGUGACGAUUUCUUCCCGGUCCGUCAUAGGCAAGACGACGACGCGAGAGUACAUUUUGUAUUUGCCCAAGGGAUAUGCGGCGUCUAACGAUAAGGCGGCGCCUCUGGUUUUUGCUUUCCACGGCCAGCAGCAGCCGGCGUGGAGCAUGGAGAAGAUUACCCAGUUGUCGGACCCGGCUUUCAACCCGGAUGCUGUCGUCGUGUAUCCGCAGGGUAUGAAUGUCCAGCCUCCAGGUGUACAAUUCCUAGGUGAUCCCAUGGCUCCAACAUCUAACGUUAUCGAUGAUCGCGUUUUUGUCGACGAAAUCCUCACCAACCUGACGUCUACACUGUGCAUUGAUGAGAAGAAAGUUUAUGCCACUGGCAUUUCCAACGGAGGUAGCCUGGUCGGACUGCUCAUGUGCGAUUCAGCUUUGAACAAAGCAUUCGCAGCCUUUGCCACGGUCGGCGGCGCGUUUUACCCCGAUACCAGUCUGAAAGAGCCCUUGUUCCAGAAAGAUUGUCGGCCGGACUUGAACGAGGACCAAGUCCUUCCGUAUAUGAACCUGCAUGGUCUGAACGACACUGUAGUGCCAUACGACGGCCACAACAACCCGCCGUUUAUCCCUGUGAUGGAUUGGGUGGAGACAUGGGUGAAGAAUUCAAAAUGUACCCACAAGCCGUAUGUUGAGACUGCCGAGAAGGGAACUGUGAUUCAAAAGAAAUGGGCUUGCAAAGCAAAGCGCGAUGUUAUCGUGCACAGGGCGAUUGAGCACUUUGGCCAUGGUUGGCCGAGUGUGAAGAACCAGGGCGAGCCUUUUGAGACACUAAGAGGAGGACCGACAACGUGGAAUGCAACAACUUUUAUGCUGAAGUGGUUUGAAAAGUGGGGGUCGUAG